AUGGUCGGGCCGGGCCUCUACACCGAGAUCGGCAAGAAGACCAAGGAUCUGCUCUACAAGGACUACCAGACUGACCACAAGUUCACCCUCACUACCUACACCUCCAAUGGCGUCGCUGUCACUGCUUCUAGCACAAAGAAAGCUGACCUGAUCUUUGGUGAGAUCCAAUCACAGAUAAAGAACAAGAACAUUACGGUAGAUGUGAAAGCAAACUCGGAGUCAAAUAUCAUUACUACAGUUACUGUUGAUGAGAUUGCAACGCCAGGACUGAAAACCAUCCUUAGCUUUGCUGUUCCUGAUCAGAGGUCUGGAAAGGUUGAGCUUCAGUAUUUGCAUGAUUAUGCUGGAGUUAAUGCAAGCAUUGGUCUGACAGCCAAUCCUGUAGUCAACCUCUCUGCUGCCUUUGGCACUAAGGCUCUUGCAGUUGGUGCAGAUGUCUCACUUGAUACUGCCACUGGGAACUUAACCAAAUACAAUGCUGGACUGAGGUUCACUCAUGAAGACCUCAUCGCAUCCCUGACCCUGAACAACAGGGGAGACAGCCUUACUGGAGCUUACUACCACAAGGUGAGCGAAUUGAGCAACACAGCUGUUGGGGCAGAGCUUACCCACAGCUUCUCGACCAAUGAAAACACCCUCACCUUUGGCGGGCAGCACGCUCUGGACCCACUAACCGUCUUGAAGGCCCGCAUCAACAACUCUGGUAAGGCCAGUGCCCUCAUCCGGCAUGAGUGGAGCCCAAAGUCACUGGUCACCAUCUCGGCCGAGGUCGACACAAAAACCAUCGAGAAGAGCUCGAAGGUGGGGAGAUGGGCGCGCCUGUCGUGCUCGCUGUCCAUGAACGGGUGCGCGCCGGGCGCCGGGGACCGCGGCGCGGUGUGUGUGCGCGAGGCGCGGGAGCUGCCGGCGGCGCCGGCGCCGCACGACGCCGUGGGCCAGCUCAGGGCCGCCGUGGACGCGCUCAUCGGGUCCGAGGCGCCGCCGCCGGCCGCGCCCUCCGGCAUCAUCCGCAUCGAGGUGCCCAUCAGGCAGCGGGUGGACGCCAUCGAGUGGCUGCACGCGCAGACCGCGCUGCCCCGCUGCUUCUUCUCGGCCCGGGCGCCGUUGCCCGACGCGCCUGCGCUCGCCGGCACCAGCAGCUGCGGCAACGGCAACGGCAACGGCAAUGGCCAUCGGCAGCAGCUGGUGAGCGUCGCCGGCGUGGGCUCGGCGGUCUUCUUCCGAGGGACGGAACCCUUUUCUCUCGCUGAUUGGCGCGCAAUCAAGAGAUUUCUUCCAAGGGACUGUCCACUCAUCCGUGCAUAUGGCGCCAUCCGUUUCGAUGCCAUGAGUGAUGCUUCAGUGGAGUGGGAGGACUAUGGCUCAUUCUACUUCAUUGUUCCUCAAGUUGAGUUCAAUGAGCUCGAGGAAAGCUCCGUCCUUGCGACGACAAUCGCUUGGGAUGACUCGCUUUCAUGGACAUGGCAGAACGCCGUGGAGGAGCUCCAAUCAACUCUGCGAAAGAUAUCGACUUGUUCUGUUCAAGGGAACAAGACCAGCCUACAAACAGCCAUAGUAAGUCUCAAUCAUGUCCCAACCAAGGCAUCUUGGGAUCUUGCAGUUACUAAAGCUCUUCAGAUGAUCAAAGGGAGGCAAAGAGAACUGGUAAAGGUUGUACUGGCAAGGUGUAGCAGAUACAUUACUGAUACUUGCAUUGACCCUGUGGAACUGCUAGCUUGCUUGAAGGUUGAGGGCCAAAAUGCUUAUCAAUUCUGCAUACAACCACCAGAUGCUCCUGCGUUUGUUGGAAAUAGCCCAGAGCAACUAUUUCACCGGAAACACUUGAAUAUUUCCAGUGAGGCUCUAGCUGGUACUCGAGCAAGAGGAAAAACAAGGGCAGAUGACUUUCAAAUCGGUCAGGAUUUGCUUCUAAGUACCAAAGAGGAUAUCGAAUUUACUAUAGUACGGGACAGCAUAAAGAACAAGUUGGAGAUGAUCUGUGAUGAGGUGGUUGUCCAUCCCAGCAAGGCUCUGCGGAAACUUCCAAGAGUACAGCAUUUGUCAGCGCGGUUAGCUGCGAGAAUAAGGAACGAAGAUGAUGAGUUUGAGAUUCUAAAUACUCUUCAUCCGAGUCCAGCUGUUUGUGGCUUGCCAACUGAAGAGGCGCGCCGAUUCAUACGAGAUCAUGAAAUUUUUGACCGUGGAAUGUAUGCCGGUCCUGUUGGUUGGUUUGGAGGAGCUGAAAGCGAGUUUGCUGUUGGGAUUAGAUCAGCGUUACUUGGAAAAGGUCACAGCACUUUAGUGUACGCCGGUGCGGGGAUUGUUGAAGGUACAAAUCCAUCUUUUGAAUGGGAUGAACUUGAUCUCAAAGCAUCUCAGUUUGCAAAGCUGCUGCGGUACCAAGAACAACAUAUUCGCUACCAAGAGGCUGAAAAUUUGGGAACAGGGCAGGCCACCAUAGUGAUAGAGCAGCAGCAGCAGCAGCAUGAGGAGGUAUCCGACGGCGACAAGCGCGACCAACCUGGCGUCGUCCCUGGCCAGGUACGCGGAGAAGGCCGAGUGGACGGUGAGCACAGCGAGAGCCGUCAGCCGGAGCCAUGGCGCGGCGCGAUCGCCAUGAGCUGCAAGGGAGGAGGAGGAAGAAGCACCGCCAGCUCUCCUGGUGUUCUUGGAUUUCUUGGCCAUGGAUGGUGA